AUGUACCACAAAGAGCCAGCCAUUGUGUUCUCGGACCAAGACAUAGCUAUCAUGAACGCUGUUGACUACAUUUUUCGACAAGCGUCACAUAGACUUUGUAAAUGGCAUAUCAACAAGAAUGUUGUGAAGCAUUUUGGGAAACUUAAUCAGGAUAAAUAUUUCAAAAAUUUGUGGUACAAGUGUAUGAACGGCUGCGAGAGUGAGGAACAGUUUGACAGUUGUUGGACUAGAAUGAUUGAGGAGCACAAUUUGUCCGAGAACAAAUGGUUUUGUACCAUGCAUAACUUGAGGAAGCGUUGGUCUUCUGCAUUCACUUGCGAUAAAUUUUCUAGAGGUUUACACGCCACGUCUCGAAGUGAAGUGACCAACAAAGUUCUUAAAGAGUUAUGCUCGACAACAUCCACAUUGCAUGAUUUCGUCAUUGGUUUCGAGAGGAUGCAGAAAUCUUGGCGUACUAGAGAGUAUGAAGAGGAUGCACUUUGUCGGGGCAUGCCUGGAAUGUUAGUGCAAAUAACAAGCAUUCUUCAGCAGGUGGGCGAGGUUUGUACUAGGAGUGUGUUCAAGCUGUUUGAGUAUGAAGCAGUGAAUUGUAUUUCGAUCGAUUUGACCGAAGAACCCCCUGAUUUGAAUGAUAAGACGUUGGAGUUCAAGUUGUCUUCAAGGACAUCGAUGACAGGUAUCCGUGUCGUGAAAAUUAAUCAGUUUACUAAGUUUGGCUCUUGUUCAUGUCAUUUGUGGGAGACGGACGGCAUUAUUUGCCGGAACCUUUUUAGGGUGUACCUUCACUUUAACCAGCAUCGAAUUCCUGAUGCAAUGUUAUUGAAUCGUUGGAGGAAAGAUUCGAAACAGCGGAUUGCUUUGUGUGAUAAGCUGUUUGACUCGGCAGGCCCAAAUCGGUUCAAUAAUAUGGUUUUUGGUAACCACAACACUAAGCAUGUGCACGACCUAUUAACGGAAUACAAGGAUGAUAGCAGUUGUAGAGCAAUGAUACAUGAGUCUAUUACCAAGUUGAUAGAUGCAGUGCAAAGUUCGAGCGGCCAGAGGAUGGAUAAUACAAUGGAUACAGGCGUUGAGCAAUGCUUCAAAGAGCCGUUGGUUCGGCCUAUAAAGAAUCUUGUUUCACUGAAGAAGCGUCCAUAUCGCCGAAUGCGAUUAAGCAAAGACCGUGAAACUCGAGGAUACGAUGGCACGAGCACUUUGGAUACGAUGCAAGAGGCGGCUGAGACUGACGAAGCCAUAAGAAGAACUCAACAGGGUAGUGAUCAAGGAUAUUAUCCAAGUUUUGACGAUAGCCUUGAUCGGUUUUAUGUCGAUUAG